AUGGAUCUCGUCGCGAGUGUCCGCAAAGAAGGCAGCCGCGGCGGCCGAAGCGAGUUCAAAUGGUCCGAUGUCAAAGAUUCCAGCCACCGAGAAAACUACCUCGGCCACUCGGUCAUGGCGCCGGUUGGUCGCUGGCAGAGUGGUCGAGAUUUACAAUGGUAUGCCCGGUCGGGGGACGACGCCGAGGAUCAAGCCACCAAGGAACGUGAGGAAAGACAGCGGGUCAAGGACGCCGAGGAAGAGGCAAUGGCGCUAGCUUUGGGUCUUCCAUUGCCUGCCAAAAGCGCCGCUGCUGCCAACGCCAAUUUGACACCAUUGGGAGAGAAGGAUGUCCAAAAUGCACUUCGGGAGACGGCAGCUGGUGACGAUCAAUCCGGCGAUGAAAUGGGCAAGGGCGUCGGGUACGGCUCUUAUAGGGGCGCCGGUGCCUCUUUGCCCGGCGCGAACCAGGAUGAUAAACUGGAGGCCGUUGGGGUCGAUUCACACUCGCGACAUGACCGGAGACGGCGGAGCGGACGUAGUAGGAGCCCAGGCAGAGAUCGAAGGCGAGAUCGUGCCAGCGGUCGUGACCGUGACCGAGACAGACACCGAGAGCACACGCACCGAAGGCAUCGCGAUGAGCGUGAUGAACGCUCCCGUCGCCACAGGAGCCACAGACAUAGAUCGAGGUCUCGCUCGCGAGACCAAGGUCACCGGAGAAGACGAUCGCGCUCGCGGUCUAGGAACAGGGACAGGAAAGGCGACGAUUACAGAAGACGAGAAGAUCGCAAGCAUAUGCAUCCGCGUGAAAGGGAUUCGGAUUAUCACCAUCGGCGCUAA